AUUGUUUCUUGGAAUCCAGUUUCAAUUUUUGAACAGCCUGAGAAAGCACAGACACCCUGAUCAUUUAAUAAUCUUGGUUGUUUUUAAACGAUGUGUUUUGGCAGUUACCAGCUCAUCAGCAUUGCACCACGGUCACAAACAUCGCAAUUCAUUUUUUAACAUCCUCCGUUAGAUUUGAUGUCACUCCGUACUCAAAAACUGCACACUUUUUCCAGUGGGAUCACUUCUGUUUUAAAAGGACAACAAAAUGGGGAACUGAAUCAUGUGUGCUUCAGUUAUUGCCCACACAGUCAGCAGUGAAGGAAGAGUAUGUGAGAGUCUGUUCUCUUACAGCAGCCGAAGUAGGAGGCUUUGGGGCUAUGUGAUUAUCUACCUUUCUUACCCUACUAGAAUUGAUCUCAAUGGAACUCUGGUGAUUAGACUGCUGCUCACACUUGUCAUCAUGCUGGCAGAAGGCAUCUUAACUAGUCUCGUGUAUAAAGAAAGCUGUCAUCAAGAUAAGCCUCACAAGUCUCAUGCAGCAAAACAGGAUGAAGAGGGAAACUGGAGAGAGAAACUUGUAGACAACCCCAAAAUUACAGGACUUGCUGAUGGAUGUGAGACGCAGGAUGGAAUCUCUGCUAAAAGCGACAUGGAACACAAGAGAGAUCCUCAGCAGAGACCCAUACUAGGGUUUCCUGCAAGAGAUCAGAAAACACUUGUUAAAGGAACUGUAUCACCAGCUUUACACAUCCCCAGAAGAGAGCAAUAUAACGAACAGAUGGAUUUGUAUAGAUCCUGGUCAUGCAACAGCAUUUAUCAAAACUAUCCUGACUUACAUAUUGGAGGAAACCGCGUGGGGGACCAUACAUGUGAUUCAGGUUGUGUUUUGGACCACGUGUGUGACGAACUUCCUGAUGGCCCUGUUAUACUGUCCAUAGACAUUCCUCUUGGCGAGUCUCCUCUGUGUGAGCAUCUUGACAAGUCAGGCAGUCAGUCCCUGCCUGGAGACGAUGCUGGAGAAAGGAGCAUAAUGCUCUGCGAGGAGCCUCUUUCAAACUCCAUGCUCAACAACUACAUGGAAACAAAAGUGGCGGAGUUCUACAAACUGUUUUUUGAAGAAAACCUGACCAGGUGUGGCUCUGUAAGAAACCUCCUCACCUGCAGUUUGAUAAGGAACAACCUGAAUCAGAUCAGCUUUCAGAUAUCCCAGGAGCAGAAUAUAGAAGCAUCGAAAGCCAGAGAAGUGCUCUUACAGUCUAUAGCUUUGUUUAGUUUGCACAAUACUACCAACAGAAGCAGCUCGGAGUUCAGUACUCCGAACUUACAAAUUUCAAACCCAGCAUUUGUGAAAAAGAACUGCAGGAUGCAGUUUACAUCAUGACUGAACUGCUCAGCUGAAGAGGUGAAUACAGUUCAGAUAUGGAUAUUUCACUCUGAGGAUUAAAUUGGGAAAGGAAAACAUUUAGACACCACAGACUUUUUCAAAUAAACAUUUUAAUGAUUAAAUCAUACUUUGUCUACGGUACUCGUUAACAUAGGAAGUAAAGGUCAGUUUUCUUUUUUCCAAUGCAGAAUUUGAAAUGAAUUCAUCUCUAAAAUGCUGCGACCCUAUUUUUAAAAGGUAUAUGUCCCUCUUCUAAGACUCUGGCUGUAUGAGCAAUUGUACUCAUGUUUCAUUGGAUUUACUCCUGCAAGAAUAAUCAAUCAAGGCAGAUUUGCUGGUAAAACUUUGAUCUAAGAGAUGGAUGCACCCACCCAGUAAAUCAAAUGGUCUUUGUUGAACUUUGAAUUAGGCUAUAUAGUUGAAACCUAAAUUUUGGACAUUCAAGCUCAAAUUUUGCUUCUGCAAAGCUUGAUCACAGUGGCUAAGAAAAUAUUUCUUUGGCUUGAAAAACCUCAUUGGCAGACGGAGACAUUGAGGACUCUGGGUUCUUUUGAUUAUAGUAUCAAGCACAGGAAGUGUAUCAAUGUGAAACAGCAAUCCAGACACAUUUUUAUUGCAUGUAUAUGUUUAUACUGUGUAGGUAGAGUAUGUUACAAUGAAAAUCUAAGUGAAAUAGUUGGUCACGAAUGUAAAAAUAUUUUCUAUUAAAAUGUUUUCCUUUUAAAUAUAGCCUUACCUCUAUGAUGAAAUCCA